AGCAUGGCGCCCUCCAUGUAGGCACUGGCUGUGGCUUCCCGCGCAGGUGUCCAGCGCAGCUCUGAGCAGCCGCCCGGGGUUACGCCAGGCUGCGCUGCAGAAGGCGCGAACGUUAUUCCUGGUUACGGCUCCAGAAAGCCGCACGUCUCUGAGGGUUUGGGAUCGCCGUCUCCCGUUAGACUCUGAAAGUGUCUCCUCAGCCCUGGUUUGCUUCCCGUGUCAUUUCUCUGGCCACCUCCCUCAGGUCCCCGACCCUCUCAGACUCCAAACGAAAACUAUGAGCCUCCGGCAGCUGCUGUUGCGCUUGUCCGGUUACCUCGGGGCCUCUGGGCCCCCCAGUCGCCCCUGGCGGUGCUUCAGGUCCCUCGACAGCGCGGCGGCGGCGGGCUCGUGGCGCGGGCGCUCGUCCAGGUCCCCGGCGCAGUGGAGCCAGGUGGUGUCCGAGGCGGAGAAGAUCGUGGGCUACCCCGCGUCCUUCAUGAGCCUGCGCUGCCUGCUGAGCGACGAGCUCAGCAACAUCGCCAUGCAGGUGCGGAAGCUGGUGGGGACUCGCCACCCUCUGCUUACCACUGCCAGGGCCCUUGUGCACGACAGCCGGCAUAACCUACAGCUGCGGGGCCUGGUCGUGCUCCUCAUCUCAAAGGCUGCGGGGCCCAGCGCUGGGGAUGCUUCGUGUCAGAACUACGACAUGGUCAGUGGGAUAUACUCAUGUCAAAGAAGUUUGGCAGAGAUCACAGAACUUAUCCAUACUGCUCUCCUGGUGCAUCGUGGGAUAGUAAACUUAAGUGAAUUACAGUCAUCUGAUGGACCACUGAAAGACAUGCAGUUUGGAAACAAAAUAGCUAUCCUGAGUGGAGACUUCCUUCUAGCAAAUGCAUGCAAUGGACUAGCUCUUCUACAGAACACCAAGGUUGUGGAGCUUUUAUCGAGUGCUCUUAUGGACUUGGUGCAUGGAGUAUACCAGGAGAACUCUGCCUCCACCAAGGGAAAUUCUAUCACAGACAGUAUUGGAAUGUCGACCUGGAAGGAGCAGACUUUCCUGUCCCAUUGUGCCUUGCUAGCAAAGAGCUGCCAGGCUGCAAUGGAGUUAGCAAAGCAUGAUGCUGCGGUCCAAGACAUGGCAUUCCAGUACGGGAAGCACAUGGCCAUGAGUCUCAAGAUAAAUUCUGACCUCCAGCCUUUUAUUAAAGACAAAGCCAGUGACUCUAAGACUUUUAACCUAAACUCAGCACCUGUAGUCUUACAUCAGGAGUUUCUUGGAAGAGAUUUGUGGAUUAAGCAGAUUGGAGAGGCUCACGAGAAAGGAAGAUUGAACUACAGUAAGUUGCGAGAAACAAUCAAAGCUGGCAAAGGUGUGACUUCAGCUAUUGACCUGUGUCGUUACCAUGGAAACAAGGCACUAGAGGCCCUGGAGAGCUUCCCUCCCUCAGAGGCCAGGUCGGCUUUAGAAAACAUUGUGUUUGCUGUGACCAGAUUUUCUUGACACCAAAUUAAAAAGACACUAUUGCUCCUUAGCUGAAAAACCCAGAGAAUGAGGUGGACGGGAGAGCUUUUUGUGAUGAAAUAAGUAACGUGUUUAAUGACUAUAGAAAUAUAUGUAUUUUUUUCCUGUCCUUCAUCUGACUGCUUAAUGAAUCUAUCCUUUGGAACCACUACAAACAAAAUGAGAAGGAAAAAGGUCACGCGGUUUUCACUUGUCACGCCAGAGCACACUUGAGGCUUCAGCAACAGAAAUAAUUAAUGAGACUCGCUCCCGUGACCUCAGCAAAUGGACAGGAAAUAAGUCCUUAUUGAUUGGACCAAGCCCGGGAUGGCGCCAGGGCGGUGGCUGUGGUUUUCCCUCCACAGAGGACAGAGCAAGCUGGAAGCUGCAGGUGUCGAGCGAAGCACUGGGUGCCAUCUGUGGGGGACACGUCAACACCGAUGACCAGCCUGUCGUAGUGGAGAAGACCUCGAUGCAUUAAGCAAAAUCUGUGUUGCCUGCUGUCUUGAAAUCAUGUGCAUAUAGUGUGAGAGGCUUGUGCAUCCUAGUUUUUAUCAGAUUUGGGAGAAGUGAAGGAAAUGUUAAGCUGCCAAAUACUUGAAAUUGAAUAUUAAAGUGUUACCAAGU